AUUCCGUUGCUUCUUGGAAAAUUGCGAAAAGGCACCACAAGUCCAUACCAGGAAUUGAAAGAAAGGAGAAAACUCCUGUGUGUCGGGGGAAACUUUCCCUUUUCCCUAUUCUUUUCUCAUUCUGAUAAAUAGAGAGAGAGCCAAGCUCCAGCUCAAAAGCUCCAGCUCAAAAAUGGUGUCAUACGUGAACGCUUUGCUGUACGGUGUGGGAGGUUUGGUGGUGGCCGGAAUGGCAUUACUCGUCGCUCUCCAGGAGCGUCUGGUCUACGUACCGGUUCUACCAGGGCUCACUAAAUCCUACCCCAUAACCCCUGCUCGCCUCCGACUUUCUUACGAGGACGUCUGGCUCCGAUCCUCCGAUGGCGUCCGCCUUCAUGCCUGGUUCAUCAAGCUCUUUCCCGACUGCCGAGGUCCAACCCUCUUGUUUUUCCAAGAAAAUGCUGGGAAUAUUGCACACCGACUUGACAUGGUCCGUAUAAUGCUACAAAGGUUGCAGUGCAACGUAUUUAUGCUUUCAUAUAGAGGUUACGGAGCAAGCGAUGGAUUUCCCUCUCAACAUGGAAUUACAAAGGAUGCUCAGGCUGCAUUGGAUCAUCUUUCUCAGAGAACUGACAUCGAUACAUCUAGAAUAGUUGUGUUCGGAAGGUCACUUGGGGGUGCAGUUGGAGCUGUGGUUACCAAAAAUAACCCCGAUAAGGUUGCUGCAUUGAUAUUGGAGAACACUUUCACGUCUAUUUUGGAUUUGGCUGGAGUUCUAUUCCCUUUUCUCAAGUGGUUUAUUGGAGGCAGUGGUGCGAAAGGUCCUAAAAUUCUCAAUUUUCUUGUACGAUCUCCAUGGAAUACCAUUGAUGUCAUUGGUGAGGUUAAGCAGCCUAUUCUUUUUAUCUCUGGCUUGCAAGAUGAGAUGAUUCCCCCAUCCCAGAUGCAAAUGCUCUAUGCUAAAGCAGCUGCUCGCAACAGGCGAUGUUUGUUUGUGGAAUUUCCAGAUGGAAUGCAUAUGGAUACUUGGCAUUCUGGUGGUGAUCGCUAUUGGAGAACAGUUCAAGAGUUCCUUCUUCAGCAUGUUCCAGAAAGAAAUGAAUCAUCUAAUAGUGGCAAUGAUACUGGGGCUAGGUGAUUGGAAGAGAUUUAUUCUUUGCAAAUUUAUUCGCUGGCUCAUCCAGGACUCAACAACUUUUUGUACUUUCUAUUGAAGCUGCAGCAAUUGAAAGCUCUUUGUGAGGAGGAGUUGCUAUUUUCCGAUAGCUGCUGCGGCUCUUGGUGAUUUUUGUUGGUUGUACGAACUUCAGAAGAUGCAGAAGGAAAUAUGUGAAAUACCCUUUGGUAUAUACUCUUUUUAAGACUUCUGACACAGGCUCCAUAUCUGAUCUGUUCUUACUGACUCAUUGUAUGAAAUAAGAAAGUUCACUAGAAAUGCAAAUAUAUAUUUUUUAAAGCUCUUAUUGGUAUGCUGGUGGCUUUUGUAUCUUUAUUAUUCCAAUACACUAUGAGAAUCACUGUAUUGUUAAAUUUGACAAUUUUUUUCUUAGUUA